GUCCUGCCACAAAAUGAAACGGCCAUGACACCAUUCGUACCGUUGUGGUUGCCAAGGAGACCAAGCGUUCACUGUUCAUGAGCUCACCGCAAAAAGAUAGCUAGCUGAAUGGGAAACUGGGAGGAUAUUUGUAUUGUUGGUCCAUUAUCGAUACGCUUAGUCGAUUACCGGUGUCGCUAGCCUUUUGAGAGCCGGACACAUUUUGACUUUUUUUUGGAUGGGGGUAUAUCAUUAUCAUUAUCAACAACAUGGCAGAAUCUUCCACCACCUUGCCUCCAUCGACUCCAUCACUGAAGGAACAAAAGGAACUCUUUGUUACUGGCCAUGACGGGACUUCUCCAUGGGAAAUAUUGCUCGUCUGUUCGGCAGCUCCCAUUGGGAUUUGGCUCUUUCAAAGUAUUCGGGCUCUGGAACGGUAUGUGCAAGAUGACAACAACAAAAGACGUCAGCAGCAACCAGCCAAUCCAACGGCUUCCAUUGCCAUGGAAGCAGCUCUUCUUUGGUUUCCCGUUCUAGUAUGCCAGACCAAUCUGCUGUAUCCCUGGGGCGCCAUUCUACUGUACCUGCAAGUUCAACUUUGUGUCUUGAUCUACUUGUACUUUUGGACGACAAAGAGAUGGAUGCGCAUUAAAGGAAUGCAGCAACAACCCAUCAACAACCUAGAUACGGUACAAGAAGAAGAGGGUGACCCAGACGAGAUGGAACAAAAAGUAGUUUCAGAAGAGCAACAAAUCAUGAAGGACAGCAUGACGGUAUACCGGUCUUCCUUGCAGUACCUGACAUUUGUGGCCAUUCUAGCCGUGGACUUUCACAUUUUCCCCAGACGCUUUGCCAAAACAGAAGUGGCGGGUUAUGGCUUGAUGGACCUCGGUGCUGGAUCCUUUGUGGUGGCGGCAGGAUUGGUCUCUUCGAGGGCACGUCAUAGCAGACAACAAGCAAAGAAGAGCAGCAUAUCCUUUGGACAAAGAGACGUGAUCCGCAUUGCACCAUUGUGGAUCAUUGGUUUCAUACGGUUAGCCACCAACAAGGGGUUGGAGUACCAAGAGCAUGUCUCCGAGUAUGGUGUCCACUGGAACUUCUUCUUCACGUUGGCAAUGGUCACUCCGUUGGGUUCCAUGCUCCCUGGGAACCCCAAUUGGAUAGUCCCGAUAUGUCUUCUGGCUGCCUAUCAAGUAGCGUUGACUCAGUAUGGGGGGCAAGAGUUCAUUGAGAAUGCCCCGAGAACACAUUGCAGUAGCACGGCACUGGCCGCUUUGGCCGGUGAGAAUGAAAUCUUGCUCAAUCUCUGCACACUCUUUGCGGCCAAUCGAGAAGGCGUGCUUGGCUGCAUUGGGUACUUGUUCCUGUACUUGGCCAGCGAGUAUAUUGCCUUUGCUUUCCUGUGGACAAAAGGGGCACAGACUGCAUCAUCAUCCUUAUGGGUGAUUGCUGUGGGCUUGUGGCUGUUGUUGUACGGGCUUUCGGAAUGUCUGGAGAUUGCAGUGUCGCGCCGAUCGACCAAUGCAAGCUUUUGCGUAUGGACACUUGCCCAUAGCAUGUUGAUUCUGGCAGUAAUUCAUGCUGCCAUGGGAUUUUACGAAGAUCCCAAGCAAUCGGCUCAAGCUGCCAACAAUGGAAGACCCAGGGUUCCCAUUGUCUUUCAGGCAGUGAAUCGACACGGAUUUCUAUCUUUCCUGAUCGCCAACUUGCUUACAGGGUUGACCAACCUGACAAUCAACACACUCGAAGUGUCGGAUCCAGUGGCAUUCAUCAUCCUGUUUGUCUAUUUGUCCGCAGUUGGCUUCUCCGCAUUGGCACUUCACUACGCAAUGGCUAAGGUAGCCAAGAGCAACGAAAAGGUGGAAAAGGAGAAGAAGGAGUAACCAGAUUGGUUAGGUUAUUCGUAAGAGUUUGAAAAUUGGGUUGCGCUACCUGCCUUGGCCGAAGAAGUCGUCAGCAAUGCUUGGUUGGGUGGUCACAACCAAGACGAAUGAUUUGAUCCACACAAUGAUUCCACUUUUCUCAGCUACGAGAAUUCCUGGUCUGGGUCUUCUAAACGCGCCAAAUGAACGUACGCAUCAGUGCCCCACCCUUCCAUGCUCAUGAUUGUGAGCUCCCCGUUGAAGUAACGGGCAUACGAUCUGCUGAUUGGGAGCCCAAAUCCCAAUCCAGCCAAGGGUGAAUUUUGGGCAUCGUGGUCGCGAUCGCCAAUAAAAUCUUCUUGGAUCUUUGGAUCUGCCGUAGUAAAUAAAUAAGACCAGACUUUCUUCAAGUUGCUGCGUGGGAUUCCACCACCAACGUCGGCGACCUUAAUUACGACAUCUUCAUUGUCAUGCUCAUCGGCGACGAUGACCUGCACAGGAGGCAAAGCUCUACCAGUAGCAUCGCUGUGCCGUUCCACAGUGGCUCGCAUGGCAUUCUUGAGCAGUUCCAAAAGGAUGUAAUGCAGGUAGGUGGGAAUGUAGGGAAAUGUCAAAUCUGUGCGUCCGUUGAUUUGCACCUCGGGUGCUUCCCCGUAUUUUCGUUGGCACAUCUUGGUGGCAUCUCUUGCUGCCUGUCGCACAAGUUCGUAGGGAGACGUCCGUAGACAUAUCAUCCCAAUGUAAUCCGGUAGUGGAGUUUGUCGUAGAGCCAGGUAUUGCCCGGCCAGGACUCGAAUACCAAUUCGCGACAUGUAGAAUCGAUCCAAGAACUCGUGGCAGUCCUGCAACUGCGAAAACUCCACCUGGUCGUUUUGUUGUUGGCGCAACUCGUAGGCUCCCCGUGCCAUUUGAAUCAGUACAUUGGCAUGUUUUUCGUACUUUUUGUUUAAAAAGUGGGCAAAGGCUGCCUCAUCCUCGUUGGUGGCAAUGCUGCCGUAUCGGACCAAGUCUACAAAGGAAUUAAUGUAGAUACCCUUAACCAACUGAACACUGGGCAUGUCUCUC